AUGGAACCAGGAAACUACUCGGGGCUUCCAACAUUUCUCCUCCUGGGACUUUCUGAGAGGCCAGAGAUUCAGUCUGUUCUCUUUGUGCUGUUCCUGUCUUUGUACCUGGUCACGAUCUUUGGGAACCUUCUCAUCAUCCUGGCCGUCAUUUCAGACUCCCACCUGCACACACCCAUGUACUUCUUCCUCUCCAACCUGUCCUUUUCUGACAUCUGUUUAACCUCCACCACCAUCCCAAAGAUGCUCCUGAACAUCCAGACACAGAGCAAAGUCAUAACCUAUGCAGGCUGUAUCACACAGAUGUAUUUUUUUACAGUUUUCGGACUUUUAGACAAUUUACUUCUGACUGUGAUGGCCUGUGACCGGUAUGUAGCCAUCUGUCACCCUCUGCACUACACAGUCAUUAUGAACCCCUGGCUCUGUGCCCAGUUACUCUUCCUAACCUGGCUUAUCAGCAUUCUGGGGCCAUUUCCUAUGAUUUUAGCCACAUUGUGGCUUUCUUUCUGUGCAGUCACUGAAAUCCCACACUAUUUCUGUGAACUCCCUGAGGUCCUCAAGUUUGCCUGCUCUGACACCUUCAUCAAUAAUGUCAUAUUGUAUAUUAUGACAGGUAUUGUGGGCUUUUUUCCUCUCACUGGAAUCCUUUUCUCUUAUUCUCAAAUUGUUUCUUCUGUACUGAGGAUCUCAACGGCAGGAGGGAAGUAUAAGGCGUUUUCCACCUGUGGUUCUCACCUCUCGGUUGUCUCCUUGUUCUAUGGAACCUGCCUUGGGGUCUACUUCAGUUCCAUGUGGACACAUGCCUCCAGAACAAGGGCAUUUGCCUCGGUCCUGUACUCUGUGGUCACCCCUAUGAUAAAUCCCUUCAUCUACAGCCUGAGGAACAGAGACAUGAAGAGGGCUCUGAGAAAGCUUCUCUGCAGCAUGUUGUCCCCCCAGUGA